CCUCCCUCCUCCACACCCCCCCCCCCUCUCUCUCUCUCUUUCUGCGCAGAGAGCCAUGGGGAAACUCUGCGAGGGCUCCGUACUCGACGGGUUCCAACCAGUCUCUCCUCUCAAACUCCCAUGGCAGGACGGCUUCAAGGAGAAGGAAGAGGAGUCCUUCCUCUCCGAUCUGUCCGACCUUCGGGAGAACAGUGGCUGGGAUGCCGUCUCCGGCCUCCAGGAGCGGCAGAGACGCGCCCUGCAGGGCCUUUCCUCCAAGGGCGUCUUCUGGAAGCACCCGUCCAAGCCCCUCGCCGAGCUCUUCCUCCUCUUUCAUGGCGGCGACGUGGAUACCGACGGCAACUGCCUCUUCACCGCCUCCAGGAAGGCAAUGCGGCUGUCGGACCACCCCGAGGAUCUCCGGAAACGGGUUGUCGACAGAUUUUCCGACGAUUACCAGGCCGGGAUCUGCCCGCGUGCAGAUACGGAUGCCGCCAUCAAGAACAUGUACCAGCCUGAUCUCGAAGCUGGUUGGGGCGUGCAUUUCGUCCAGGAGUUGAAGUUUCUCGCUCUUAAGAAGGACCGCCAACGGUUAGAUUCCCUCAUUGAAGAUCUAAUCAGAGUCGGAGUCUCAAGAGAGGCUGCCGCAGAAGCAGUAUAUAAGGAGAGAUGCAUUCCUGUUAAAGAUGGGGAGAGUUGGGUGAAGUAUAUGUCUAUUAAUGGGAAUUCAAGAGAUGAAUAUGACAUCAUCUCCAUGCAUUAUACACAAGAGGGUCUCCUAACAGUGGAUGAGAACAGAGAUGGGAAAGCAGCUGCUUUCGGGGAUGAUAUCGCCAUUGAAACUCUGGCGACGGUAUUUGACAGAGAAUUUUAUGUGGUACAAGCGCAUGGAUCAGAUGGGUCAUCAGAUGAAGAGGCCUGCUUGUUCUUCCUCCCACAUCCUCCUAGAGGAAGUCAAGCUACAGGGUUACCAGUUUUCCUUCUAAUGAGAGGCACCGGCUGGUGCUGUGCAGGUGCAGAUCAUUAUGAGCCGUUGAUCGCAUAUGCUGCUGCAUGUGCUUCCCAAGAAAAGGCCGCAGUCAUCUUGUGAUGUAUACAUAACAGAAGCACAAUCCUUGCUGAUUAGCUUUUUCCUUCUAAUCUGAUAGGGCUUCUUCUUUCAUUGUUUUUCUAUUUUUCUCUUAGGGGUUUGGGUUCGGGGAGAGUUUAAUUACUUUCCAUUUUUUCCUGUUUUUGGGGAGAGUUUAAUUACUUUCCAUUUUUUUCUGUUUUUUUUUACUAUUCUUUCCUACAUUGCUCCCAUCAUUUCUUUUCAUGUUAGGGAGCAAUAUUUGGGGGUGGGGGUGGGGGUAGGUUUCUGAGAUGAGAAAUUUUAGGCAUUUUGAGUUCACUCACUGAUUUGUGAGAAAAAGAGCAGAAUAUGGAAUACCACAUGUGGUUUCUUGGAAUCCUUUUCUGGCAUAUUCUCUCUCUCUCCCUCUCUUUUUUUCAUGGAUUAGGCAGUCAAUAGUCAAAGACGGGAAAUGGGCCAAAUCUGCACGUCGCUCGGACUGCUGUCGAAGUAAAGAAAUUUAUUGCACUAAAGAACAAAGAGGUACAGCUAUUAGAGAACAUGCGUUUUUUAUUAUUUUAGGUAGAGGCAAUGAAAUGCUGCUAGCUGUAACUUGCACCGCAAUCGGAACAGAGAGAUCGUAUUAAUUCAGAGAGGUUGAUGACCAUCGCCACCAUCGCUCGGCCACUCAUUUUCUUCUCUUCUAACAGAUGGGAGGCUCUAUUAUUUCCUUCCUUGGGUUACUUCUCAUCUGAAACUCUGGCCACUGUGUCCUGUUUCUUGGUUUUGCUGUUUCUAUGUACUGAAACAAGUUGGUUGGUGCCCUCUCUUCCAGUAGCAACGAUAUAAAAAGGGCCUUUGGAUCA